AUGGCUCCCAACCAUUCGUCCCCUCCACACCGCCCAGCGCACGAAGCGCCCACGAGGCGGCCACGAGCGCCAGGCGGGCACGAGGGCACAGGGCGAAAGCCAGGCACGCCCUCUCCCAGCACGAGGGGCGUCGCUUGAGCUCUGGGGAGGGCGCCCACCAGGCGGGCCCCGGGCGGAACCCCGGCACGCGCCGCCGAUACCACAGGAGAGUCGAGCGAAGUCCUCCACGGUACGGCACUCACUUUUGGGGGAAAGCUGGCCCUUCGAGCUCUGUCUCCUUCCCCCUGUGGCAAAAAGACGGACGUGCUCGGUACGCGUCGAGAGAGAUACUCGACCGACACCGACUUCUCUCAUCGCACGGAUGGAAACAGAUGAGCACAUGGAAAAUACUUCUGGAACCAAGCUCAGCCUACCUUGAGGCCACGUGGUCAGCCUGCAGUUGUGAUGAAGGCUACUGCGAGGCGAGGCGUCGAAAGCAAUCCUAGUAUUGGAUGCGGCAUAUUCUGUAGGGUAGGCGCCGAGAAACAAAUAUCCGAAUCAUUAUAGACUUGGAAGUGCAGCGGUCCGUCGUGGACAAUGCACCAGACACAGCGCACGGGCGCUCCUACGUCAUUCACUCAAGGCAGUGGUCCAACCUUGCACCGAACAGGUUGAAAACGACCUUAGGCCCUGGCUGGCAGGCCCCGGCAUACCCUGCCCCCCCAGGCAAGUAAUUCCCAAUGGGAAGCCGUCUGUGCAGACGAAAUAGAAUUCCGAGCCCCCAAGGUCGCCUCAGCCAGCCUGGGUUUGGCAGAGGGCGACGGCGGCGAGGCUAACCUUCCCUCGCAAACGCUUUCGCGGUCUCACCUCAUCCCACAUAUCCGCCUCUCGCGCCGCGCGCCGCGCCCGGCCGCGCGCCGCGCCGCGCCCGGCCCUCCUCAGUCGCCGAGCUUCAGGUCGUACUCCGGGCGCCCGGCCUCCGCCCACGCGGCGCGCAGCGCCGCCCGGCCCGGCCCGCCGACGCCGAGCUGGUUGCCGUUGAGGUUGAGCAGCCGCAGCUGGGGCAGCGCGCCCGGGGCGCGCAGGGCCUCCGCCAGCCGCGCGGCGCCCUCGUCGCCCACGCGGUUGUCGUUGAGGUAGAGCACCCGCAGCCGGGGCGCGGCGCCCGAGGCGAGCACGGCGGCCAGCUGCUGCGUCUCCUCGUCCCUCCACUGCAGCUGGUCGUAGCACAGCUCCUUCGCGGCCUCGAAGCGCUGCGCGAAGGCGGAGCGGUAGAGCUCGGCGACCCGGGGCCGGUCGUCCUUGCCGUUGGUGAAGCCCUUGCUCUGCAGCUCCACGUCGAAGGCGUCGGGCAGGAGGGGCGCCCGGCGCCCCGCGCGGCAGGUCUGCAGCAAAUCAAACCAGGUCUCCGCUCCCGUGCAUCGGCCGAGGUCCAAGAGCCAGUCAGACGGCUUCGUCAGCAUCCCCCAGGAGGACUCGCAGAAGCACCAGCCACGGUUGAAGUACUGCUCCGUGUUGCCCGACCGGGUGUACUUUGCAGCAUCGCCGUAAUCAUCUGGAAACCGCGUCAGCAUGAAGACGAAAGUUUUGGGGUGGGAGUAGAAGCUCCCCAGGCUCCCCAAUGCCUCCUUGAAGAGCGCAUGCUCCAGCUCGAAGCGGCCGAGGGCAUCGUCCUCGAACGAAUCUGAGCCUUCGAGCCGCUGGUAGGUGCGCUGCUGGGGAACGCCCUCGCGGUCCCUGCAGUUUUGAUGGAUGCAGCAGAAGUCCAUGAAUACACCCCAGCGGCCACUGUAAUAGCCCAGCAGCAGCUGCAGGGCCUGGCCCACGAUGCGCAGGUUGUGCCCGCGUGGAUCCGGGUGGUUCGCCUGCAGCCAGCAGUGUGAUAUGCACGCGAUGCGCAGAUCCGAAGAACUGGCGGCUUUGACGGCGCUGUGGGAAAUGAAGGCCGUCGGCGGCAACGCCUGGCGCGGCUCGAGGACGCCGCCAGUGCGCGCUCGCCUCACCAUCCACUCCGCGUCCAUCAGGACGACCGCUCCACUGCCGAGCACGGGGUCGAGCUCCAGGCCGCCGCAGCUCUCCCACCGUGCCUCGCA